AAGGGCGGGGCUAACGUGGGGUUAGGUCGUUUCUUAAGCGGCCCUUUAAUAGUAACAAUUAUAACGGCAAAAAAAUUAAUCGCGCUCGACGUGUGCGUUGCCGGAGGCCAGCCAAAAAUAAGCAGGGACAAAAAUCCAGAUUUCUCACGUAGGCGCUUGCACGAGGACAGAGGGGAAAGCGCUCGCACGGGGGGGGGCGGAAAAACCCCCACUUCUGCUUCUUUCCCGCCCCCUUGAAGUUAGAAGCCGAUUGGUCGGAGAGCUGCAGUAAGGCGGAAGUACAGCAUGAUCGACGCGAGGCUGGACCAAUGAGGCGGAACGGAGCUAGCUGGCCUCUUCAACCUACCCUUGGGGUUGCCAUAACGAUUACAGCAGCGAUUGCCGGAAGGGGCGGGACAAUGGCCGACAUCCCUCAGACUGGAGGCGCCGGGCGGAUUUCAGGCUUGCCCAGAAGAUGCUGUGCGUUGGUCGAAGACGCUGAAGUCCAAGAGCUGUUCCUGGACCUGCGUAGUGGAGUGAAAACUGGACCCCCCUCCUUGCUUCCCUUCGAGCAGCAGUUGCGGCUAUCUGGAGGAGACAAGCGCAGUAAGUACUGAGUGACAGUGAGAUACUGCAGUGAUGGACAAGUUUUUGAAAAGGAAAGAACUGAACUCUGAACAAAAUUUGGAGCCAGAUGAGAGCCAAGUAUGAGUGGGGAUCAAAAAAAAAGCAAAGAUGGUUAGCUCAAGCAAAUUCUCUGGCACAAGGCAAUAUAGCGAAAGCUAUAUUUCAUUUGGAUUUACUUUCACCGGAGAUGCAAACAAACCAACUCCACUGUGCGUGGUGUGUGGUGAAAAGCUAGCUAACAGUGCUAUGGUCCCAAGCAAACUUAAACGCCAUCUCCAAACGGAACACCCUUCGCUUUAAAACAAGAAUGCGGACUAUUUUGUUCGCCUGCGUGAAAACACGGAGAAACAGGCAACUUUCAUGAGAAAAACCACAAAGGUAAAUGAAAGAGCUCUUAAAGCUAGCUAUCAAGUUGCUGAACUUAUAGCCAAGUCAAAAGAGCCGCACAUUGUGGCAGAGACAUUAAUACUUCCCGCCUGCAAAGCUAUUGUAGAGGAGAUGCUCGGACCUGAAGCAGCUAAGGAAAUAGCCAAAGUCCCUCUCUCAGACAACACAAUUUCCAGACGUAUUAAUGACAUGUCUGCAGACAUCGAAAGUGUGGUUAUGGAAAAGAUCCGUAUCAGUGAGAAAUUUGCAUUGCAACUUGACGAGUCUACUGAUAUCAGUGGACAUGCUCAACUCUUGGCCAAUGUGCGUUUUGUUGAUGGUGAUGCAAUUAGAGAAAACUUCUUUUUUUGCAAGGCAUUGCCAGAAAAAACAACAGGAGAAGAAAUUUUUCGGGUCACAUCAGAAUACCUUGAACAAGGAGGACUUAAGUGGGAAAACUGCACAAGUGUCUGCACCGAUGGAGCUGUAGCCAUGGUCGGGCGCACCAAAGGCUUUGUAAGCAGAGUGAAGGAAAGAAAUCCAGAUGUGAUUGUUACGCAUUGUUUUUUACACCGUGAGGCCCUCGUAGCCAAGACUUUACCAGCAGACCUAGUUCAUGUGUUGGAUGAUGUUGUGCGCAUGGUAAACUUUGUAAAGUCACGACCCGUGAAAAGUCGCAUAUUUGCAGCUUUGUGUGAGGAGGUCCGGUGGUUGUCGCGUGGCAAGGUCUUGGUUCGUGUGUAUGAGCUGCGGGAGGAACUUAAAGUGUUUCUGACAAAUGAGAGGUCAGAUUACGGCGCAAAGCUGCUUGCAAGUGAUGAGUGGUGUGCAAGGCUGGCAUACCUGGCAGAUAUAUUUCAUCAUCUGAAUGAACUGAACACACGAAUGCAAGGCCGAAAUGAAAACCUGCUUACAAGCACAGAUAAAAUAAAUGGAUUCCGUUCAAAGGUGCAACUCUGGCAUCAACACGUGGAAAGUGGCAAUCUUGAAAUGUUCACACUCACCAAGCAAUGGCAAGGUGUUCACACUGCUGCACUGUGUGAGAUAAUAGUUAAACAUUUAAAAACUCUUGAGGAGAAGUUGUCAUUUUAUUUCUCUUCAGUCUCCACUGAAUGCCUUGACUGGGUUAGGGACCCUUAUAGCUCAGCAUCAGUUGGUGGAAAGGACAUGACUUUACAGGAGCAGGAGGAACUAACUGAACUGAGACAAAAUCGUGGUUUCAAGCUAAGAUUUGCUGAUCUACCUUUGGACAGUUUUUGGUUGGAUACUGCCAAGGAGUUCCCCCUUCUGGCAAACAAAGCUAUUUUGACAUUGCUCCCAUUUACUGUGUGAGAUGAGCUUUUCAAGCAUGAUUGCUAUAAAAACUAAAUACAGAGAGAGACUGAGAGCUGUUGACGAAGAGCUACGUGUGUGUCUGUCUUCGAUUCCAGCCAGAAUAUCAGCUUUGUGUUCAGCCAAACAGGCCCAGGUUGCGCACUGAAUAAAGUAUUUUAUAAUUUUUCAUAUUUCUGUUUACUUACUAUUUCAUAAUAAAGUAAUUAUAAAAUA